AUGUCGUCGAGCGUCAAGGUGCUGCAGAACCUCUUCGACAACUACCAGAAGACGACGCCGCAAAAGCUGAAGAUCGUCGACGCCUACAUGUUCUACAUCCUGCUCACCGGCAUCUUUCAGUUCAUCUACUGUGUGCUCGUCGGCACGUUCCCGUUCAACGCCUUCCUCUCCGGCUUCAUCUCCACGGUCGCCUCGUUCGUGCUGGCUGCCUGUCUCCGAAUCCAGGUGAACGAGGAGAACAAGGAGGAGAUGUUCGGCAUGCACAUGCGCUCCGCGCCUCUCCUCAAGAAGGCGUUGACGAAACCAGCCUAUUGGCGCACUUAUGGGACCUACGGGGCGACGGCCUUCCUCCUCGCCGUCUACAUCUGUGACUGGAAGGCGGUUGGACAGUACAUCCCCCUCUGGAACAAGCGAUACAUUUCCGAUGGCCUGAAGCAGUGCAACGACUCGUUCUUCGUCAGCGUGCCCCAGCCCCCCGCCGAGAAG